UGUUCACAAGGGUUUUUUUUUUUUAUUUUUUUUUAUUUCAUAACCAAAUCCAAUACAGAAGCUAGCCUAGACAUGAAUAUGAAAUAUUACAAGGCGGCCUUGGUUCUUUUCUUCGUCAGCUUGAGCUAUUUGACAGAAGCAGCUAAUGAUAAUGGAUCACUCGGGGCUUCUUUUAUCUUUGGUGAUUCCUUAGUUGAUGCUGGAAAUAAUAACUAUUUACCAACGUUAUCUAAGGCAAAUAUUCGUCCUAAUGGAAUUGAUUUUAAAGCAUCUAAUGGAAACCCUACUGGCAGGUAUACCAAUGGAAGAACCAUUGGUGAUAUUAUAGGAGAAGAACUGGGACAACCAAACUAUGCGGUUCCCUUUUUGGCUCCAAAUUCCACUGGAAAAGCUAUAUUAUAUGGUGUGAAUUAUGCCUCGGGAGGAGGAGGGAUCAUGAAUGCAACUGGAAGAAUAUUUGUUAAUAGGGUAGGAAUGGAUAUCCAGGUUGAUUAUUUCAAUAUCACGAGAAAACAGUUUGAUAAAUUAUUGGGUCCAAGCAAGGCAAGAGAUUAUAUUAUGAAGAAAUCCAUCUUCUCUAUCACAAUUGGAGCAAAUGAUUUUCUAAACAAUUAUCUUCUCCCAGUUCUUUCUAUCGGAGCUAGAAUAUCUCAAAGCCCAGAUGGUUUUAUUGACGACAUGAUCGAUCACUUAAAGAUUCAACUUACAAGGCUUUACCAAAUGGAUGCUCGGAAGUUUGUGAUAGGAAACGUUGGUCCAAUAGGUUGCAUACCUUAUCAAAAGACCAUAAACCAACUGAACGAAAAUGAAUGUGUCGAUUUGGCUAAUAAGCUAGCGUUACAGUACAAUGGCAGGUUGAAGGAUCUACUCAAAGAACUAAACAAAAAACUCCCUGGAUCCACAUUUGUUCAUGCCAAUGUUUAUGAUCUCGUUAUGGAACUUAUCACAAAUUACAAAACUUACGGAUUUACAACAUCAAGUAAAGCUUGUUGUGGAAAUGGGGGGCAAUUUGCAGGGAUAAUUCCUUGUGGACCAACGUCUAGUCUGUGUGAAGAUCGGUCCAAGCACGUAUUCUGGGACCCUUAUCAUCCAAGUGAAGCCGCUAAUGUUAUUGUUGCAAAACAACUCCUCGAUGGAGACAAAAAAUACAUAUCCCCUGUCAAUCUUCGACAGCUUCGAGAUAUCUAGUUGUGAUCAUAAUGUAACUAAUGUUGUGCGCAUUAUGUUCCUCUCUCCUGCUUGCUUCUUCCAGAAGUGACAUCGUUUUAAUUAAUUGAACUACCUUUUAUUA